AUGGACGACGCGAAGCCCUCGGUGAUGGAUGGAUUUCGCGCGCGCGCGCGCGCGUCGACGCUCGCGCGGGCGUCGACGGACGGCGCGGCGGACGGUCCCGGUGACGUGAACGCGGGGGCGGGGCGGCGGAAGCGCGUGCUGAGCGGGGUGCAACCCACCGGGUCGAUCCAUUUGGGGAAUUAUUUCGGCGCGAUUCGAAACUACGUGAAACUGCAGGAAGAGUACGACGCGUUUUACUGCGUCGUGGACUUGCACGCGAUCACGAAUGGGGAGGUGGAGCCGGCGGUGCUGGAGCGGUCGACGCGCACGAGCGCGGCGAUUUAUUUAGCGGCUGGGGUGGACGCGUCAAAGGCGAGCGUCUUCGUGCAGAGUCACGUCCCGGCGCACAGCGAACUGUGUUGGUUGUUGAACUGCGCGGCGCCGAUCGGGUGGUUGGAGAAGAUGAUUCAGUUUAAGGAAAAGGCGCGAAAGGCUGGUGAGGACGUGAGCGUCGGGUUGUUGGAUUAUCCAGUUCUCAUGGCGGCGGAUAUCUUGCUCUACAAGGCGGACCUCGUGCCCGUGGGAGAGGAUCAGAGGCAACACUUGGAGCUCACGCGCGAUCUCGCGGGACGCGUGAACGGGUUGUACGGGGGGAAGAAGUGGAAGAAGAGGAAGGGGAAGGCUCCGAGCGGGCGCUCGCGCGGUGGGGACGUGCUCUUGGUGCCGGAGGCGUUCACUCCGAAGGAGGGCGGACGCGUGAUGUCUCUCACCGACGGCGCGUCGAAGAUGAGCAAGUCAAAUCCGGCGGAGGGAUCCAGGAUCAACGUGUUGGAUACCCCGGAUGAGAUCGCGAAGAAGAUUAAGCGGUGCAAGACGGACGCGUUCGAGGGAUUGGAGUUUGGAAACCCCGAGCGACCUGAGGCAAACAAUUUGUUGACGAUGUAUCAACUGUGCACCGGUAAGACGCGCGAGGAAGUCUUGGCCGACUGCGGCUCGAUGCGAUGGGGCGACUUCAAGCCCGUGCUCACCGACGCUGUGAUUGAACACUUGUCGCCGAUUCAAACGCGUUACAACGAAAUCAUGGACGAACCCGGAUACCUCGACGGCGUGCUCAAGGAGGGCGCGGACAAGGCGAACGAAGUCGCGAACACGACUCUUCGCGACGUCCGCGAUGCGAUGGGAUUCGUUCAGUUUUAA